CGCCGCCGCCGCCCUCCCUCGGCUCGCUGCGUCCCCCCGGCCGCGUCCGCAGGCUGAGCCCAGGCGGGCCGCGGCGAGCACCCCGCAGCUCCGCGCCCCCGCCCGGCCCCGCUCCCAGCGGAAAGUUGGGCUGCGGCGGGCGGCGUUCGGGAAAGAGCGAGGCGGCAUGAGGGGGCACCGAAGGGGCGCCUAAGACACCGAGAAGGCGGCGCCGCGCGAGGGCACAACUUCACCCGGGAGCUCGUUCCCGCAGCCCCCGGCCGGGCUCGCGGUGGUUCCUCCCGUCCCUCGGCCUCCCCCGCCGAUCGAGACGCGGACCUUGGUCCCGGCGGCUCCGCGGUGGUGCCACGAGCCCGCCUCAGCCGCCGCCUCAGUCUCCUGCCGCGCCGCCACCUUGCCCGCACCAUGGAGUUCUCCGAGAGGAAAAGAAGCAGGAAAUCCCAGAGCUUCAAACUGGUGAGCCGAGAUUAUCACCAUGAUGUGUAUAAGAUCUCAGAAUUCAGCAAUGAUGUUAAUGGGGAGACCAAAGAGACACAACCCGUUUUUUUAGGAGAUGAGAACAUGGAGAUUAAGAAACAAAUUACAGGGAUGAGAAGAUUACUGAAUGACAGCACUGGGAGGGUAUAUCAACGUGUCGGCAAAGAAGGAGAAAAACUGAAAGAAGAGCCUCAGGAUAUGAACUCAGUCUGGCCUCAGCAUUUGAACUCCUCUGCCGAGGCCCCACAGGGUCUCCACCCUCCUUCACGUGGGGCGUGGAAUGAACUACCCACCCAAAGUGGGCAGUUCUCAGGGCAGCGUGGUACACGUUCUAGAGCCUUCCAGAGUCAGCCCCACACCUCUGCAAGUUCCAAUGGAGAACUUCCAGGGGCGAACUCAUCAGCUGGAUCCAACUGCUGUACUUGUAACUGCCAGUCAACAUUGCAAGCCAUUCUCCAAGAACUCAAGACUAUGAGGAAGUUAAUGCAGUUUCAAGCAGUUGGAACUCAAAACAGACAACAACCCCCAAUUUCCCUUAUAUGCUCCCAGCGAACUGCUGUCUCACGAAAGAGAAAUAAAAAGAAAAAAGUGCUCCCAAAGACUGUGGAACCUGUGACUGUGAAAACAAAACCCAGUCCGUUGGAAAUUGAGAAGAAGUCAGCAGCCGAGGCCACAAGGCCAUCUGGUCUCCAAGCCACAGAGCACACCUCCAGUGAGGAGAGCCACGUCCUGGGAUUUGGUAUUGUUCUCGAAUCGCCUUCCUCAGAUCCAGAAGUGCAACUUGCUGAAGGCUUUGAUGUGUUUAUGCCUAAAUCCCAGCUGGACUCUAUAUUGUCAAACUACACUCGCUCAGGAAGCCUUCUGUUUAGAAAACUGGUGUGUGCAUUUUUUGAUGACAAGACUUUGGCUAACUCCUUACCCAAUGGCAAGAGGAAAAGAGGACUCAACGACAACCGGAAAGGGCUAGACCAAAACAUUGUGGGUGCAAUAAAAGUCUUUACAGAAAAGUACUGUACUGCGAACCAUGUGGAUAAACUUCCUGGCCCGAGAGACUGGGUACAGAUUCUACAGGAUCAAAUUAAACUAGCCAGAAGAAGGUUAAAAAGAGGCUCAGCAGCAGAGGUAGCUGACGGGGAUGAAAGACUGGACGGCAUUUCGCUACCACCAACAGGUAAUAUAUUUGUCAUCAAGAGAGAGACUCCAGAGGACCCAGAACCAGGUUCCAUUGCCUAGACUUGCAGUUUAGCGCACCUUUCCAUUUCCUCAAAAGUCCACGUAGCAGUUGAGGUUCCUGCAGUGUGGGUGUUCUGUGGUGACUUGUCCUGCCUGAAUAAUUUCUUUGUAACAUGUGGUGUCACGACUCCAAUUUGGCAUAAUCUUUUCUUUUAAAAAAAUCAUGUUUUAGAGUUGUUACCCUUUAAACAUCCAACGUGUGUGACAGGUCAUAAAGAAGCAGUUCUCUUCCUGUUUUUACUCAUUCAUAGUCUGUGUGAAUACACAGUCUUUUUAAACGUAUUUAUUUUAAUGUAAAUUGCUUAGCUGCAUGCAGAGGAAACCUUCUCUUUCCAGGACUGAUAGAGGUUGCAAAGUGGCAUUAACUAAUGCUUCAGCUUGGAGAAGGAAAUGUAGUUUUGGGAGAUGGCAUAGCUCUGACGUGGUCUGUGAAGUCAUUUAUGACAUCAGUCAUAGUAACCCAAAACAGUCAUUCAGAACUGAAGUACAAAUGAUGUAUGAAUUCUUAGGAAAUAAAGCACUUUCAUGUAAUUUAUGAUGCUGUCAUGACAAAAAAGUUAACUCAAAGCAACCAGCCAUCUGCUUAGGAGCCAUCAAGCAUUUGAGCAUGGUUUAAACUGAGUGGCUUUGACCCUGUUUUCAUGUUCAUUCUAUAGUUUAUCUGGUUCCUCAUUCACUUGCCUUCUACCUUAUUAAAACUAAAAUAAAUGUGAGAAAAAUCUGGGUUUAUUUUAAAGAAAUCUCUGCUGUGUGGAUAUUUGCUUUGCAGAAGUAUUUACCUCCUUAUCUCCGCAUUGUUGCCCUAAUGAAAUAGUGCACUGAAAAUAACACUUAUUUAGAAAACCUUGCAUUUGCACCUUCUUUGUCAUGUAAAGCAAAUUGCCCUGAAUCUUGGGCACUUGACACAGAAGGCCAAAAACUGCUGCAAAGAAAUGUGACUGUCGAUCCACGAAACCCCAGGGGUAAAAACUGCCAUGACAAAAGCUUAGCCUUUCCCUAGUGUUCAUCUCAGCCAUAGGUUAGAACCAACAGUUAGUGCUGCUGGGACUGAGUCCCGCCUUCUGUUUUGCCUGAGAGAACUGAGAGUUAGGUAAGUGGUUGCUUAGGGUCGGGUUACCCUUCAUAGUCAGCUGGCAUAGAACCUGGACAUCAGUGUGCUGUGUGACGUCAUACUGAACAUGUAAUACUAAAGGUAGGAGGAGUAGGGUAGCACUCCACUGAGACCAGCUAAUCAAUGAUGAUGAUAGAUGAUAUCCCUGGAAUGUGAUAAAGUGUGCUUUUUGGUGCUGCUUGAGGAGUCCAUCUAGCAACUAGAUAGCAACAUCUCAUCUGUGUACCUUUUACAUCUCUUCCUUUGGAAGCUGCAGGGAUGGCUUGGAAAUUAUUCCCAUCAUACCUCUCAGUUACUGUUCUCUGUUUCCAGCCAGCCCUAAUCCCUAUGUUUUAUUGAGUGGUCUGAUGAGCUGUAGACAAAUCAAGAUUUUACUUAAUUCUGUAACAGAUCCUAGAAGAAAAAAAAAAGUCUUCUGCCUCCUAGAAUGAAAUACUCAAGAGAGUAGAAAAGCUGAGUUCGUGCCCUUCGCUCUAUUAAAUGAUGGUGAAUGUGUUUUCAGUACAGGAAGGACAUAUACUUACAACUGUAGGCCUGUUCAGUAUGCACUACAAACCUUCAAAACACUUCCUUCCAAGCCUCAGUGACAGCUUGGAGUCUUCAAUACUUGAGGAGGGUAGGAUCAUCCAGUUCACUGAUAAGUGCAAUAGAGUCACAAAUUGGAAAGGCAGACCAAAACUGCAACAGUAAAAUCAUAUUUUAUAAGUUUAAAUUGUAUUUGUGUUAAUUUACUGUGACUACUGUUCAGCUUUGUUCAGAAACCCUUUUUAUAGGCUUUCUUAGCAAAAGAAAGAAAAAGAAAAAAAGAUCCAUGUCUAUGGAUGUGUCUCAGUCUUCUGUACAUAUGUUUUAUUAAUAUGUAAAUAUUCAGAUUUUUUAAAAAUUACUAUGUUCUUUUAAAAAGAAUUCAGUGUAAAGCUAGUUGUGAAAAUGGUGUGUAACACUGUGUUGUGAUAUCAACUUCCAAGAUGCCCUUUAUGUCCAUUCUGGAAAAAUACAAUAAAUUACUUUAAUUGAA